CUCUGAGGCCUCCUGAAGUGACGCUUUUCUUGGUGACGAGGAGGCAGUGGUGGCUGCUGGUGGUCUUUAUAUCUACACGCACCUUUUGCAGUGCCCUGUCGUGCCCUCCUGCAGUGAUCUUUGGACCAGUGCCUGCCGAGCAGCACCAUUAAUAAAUGACACUUCUGUUACUUCAUUGUCUGCUCACAUCUGAGUCUGUCUGCCAGAACCUCUGGGAAACUGCUGGUAACUUUUGAAUGUUCUUCAACAAGGACAGAGGACACGGAGCUCCUGAGCUCCCACCAACAGCUGUGGGAAGAAGAGAUGCCAUCAGUCCCAGCUGAGGGACAGGCAAUGAGCAAGAACCCUGCUGCCCACCCAGGAGCCUCGUGAACGGGACCUUCUCCGAAGUCAAGGACAGGAUGUUCUCCCACUUGCCCUCCCUGCAGCUGCUCUUGCUGAACUCGAACUCCUUUACUGUUAUACGAGAUGAUGCCUUCGCUGGUCUCUUCCAUCUAGAAUACCUAUUCAUUGAAGGAAACAAAAUAGAAACCAUAUCGAGAAAUGCAUUUCGUGGCCUUCGAGACCUGACCCACCUUUCUUUGGCCAAUAACCAUCUGAAAACUCUGCCAAGGGAUGUCUUCAGUGAUUUAGAUUCUCUAAUUGAACUAGAUUUAAGGGGAAAUAAAUUUGAGUGUGACUGCAAAGCCAAGUGGUUGUUUUUGUGGUUAAAGAUGACAAAUUCCACUGUUUCUGAUGUCCUGUGUAUUGGUCCAGCAGAAUAUCAGGAUAAGAAGUUAAAUGAUGUGACAAGUUUUGAUUAUGAAUGCACCACUACAGAUUUCGUUGUUCACCAGAUUUUGCCCUACCAGUCAGUGUCAGUGGAUACAUUCAACUCUAAAAACGAUGUGUUCGUAGCCAUUGCACAGCCCAGCAUGGAGAACUGCAUGGUGCUUGAGUGGGACCAUAUUGAAAUGAAUUUCAGGAGUUAUGACAACAUCACAGGUCAGUCCAUAGUGGGAUGCAAAGCCAUUCUUGUUGGUGACCAAGUCUUUGUGGUGGUGGCACAGCUCUUUGGUGGCUCACACAUUUACAAGUAUGAUGAGAGCUGGACAAAGUUUGUCAAAUUCCAGGAUAUUGAAGUAUCUCGCAUUUCCAAGCCAAAUGAUAUAGAGCUUUUUGAGAUAGACAGUGAAAUGUUCUUUGUCAUAGCAGAUAGCUCCAAAGCGGGUUUGUCAACAGUGUACAAGUGGAAUAACAAAGGAUUUUACUCAUAUCAGUCCCUUCACGAGUGGUUCAGGGACACCGAUGCUGAGUUUCUUGAUAUAGAUGGGAAAUCACAUUUGAUCCUCUCUAGCCGCUCACAGGUUCCCAUUAUACUCCAGUGGAACAAAGCUUCAAAGAAGUUUGUCCCGCAUGGUGAAAUCCCCAACAUGGAAGAUGUUCUGGCUGUGAAGAGUUUCAGGAUGCAAAACAACCUGUACAUAACGCUCACAAGAUUCAUUGGGGACUCCAGAGUUAUGAAAUGGAAUAGCAAACAGUUUGUGGAGAUCCAGGCUCUUCCAUCCCGAGGAGCCAUGACACUGCAGCCCUUCUCCUUUAAGAAUAAUUACUACCUAGCCCUGGGAAGUGACUAUACCUUCUCCCAGAUAUACCAAUGGGAUGAUGAAAAAAAGCUCUUUAGGCUGUUUAAAGAAAUCUACGUGCAAGCACCACGUUCUUUCACAGCUGUGUCAACGGAUCGAAGAGAUUUUUUCUUUGCCUCUAGUUUUAAAGGAAACACACAAAUAUUUGAACAUAUCAUCAUUGACUUGAGUUUAUGAAGAGCUGCUGGAAUGAAAUUCCUGUAGAGUGACAUUUAUAUACGAGCAAAACAGGGACCUUUCCAAGAACAGGGUGCACCUAUGGAUUAUGUUGACAUUUUCUGAACUUUUAAAACUUGCAUAUUAAUCAGGGAGUGCGUUUGCUUGAUUACUGCAUGACACGUCUGUUUUAUCUCUUUCAAAGACACUUUGCAACCUGCAGCCAUUCAGAGGAGAGUGCAGUGUGUUAGGAUCCAUUCUGAUAUCUCAGAGAAUGGUCUGAAUUCUACCCAGGAAGAUUGAGCAUUGCUUGGAGAAAGGGACAAGGAAGCCGUAGCAUUCCUGUGCCAAAGCGCAAGAAAUGCUUUUGAGUCUUCAACUAACAUCUCAGUAAAGGUUUCAAGAUUAGAGGCAGUUCUUUAUGGUUGCUGAUGAAUUGUAAAAGCUUGAGCUCUGUUCUCAAAGUCUGUGUCUAUUUGUGUUUCUAGCAAGACCAGGAGGUUUUAACUCACUGCAGAUUAAACGGAAAGUCAAAAUCUGUUACUAUCUUUCUUUGUUUAAUCACUGAUUCAGCAACAAAUUGUGCGUAGCAAAUAGCUCAGCCCAGAGUACGUGGGUGGCCAGGAAAUAAAGGUAUGUCGCUUCCAGACUGUGUGAUCUUAACAAGUUAAUAUGGACAGAAAGUAACAGAGGUCUGGUUGGUGUCAUGAAUGAAAAGACUGCAGAUUGAGUCCACUUUGUGUCCUAAUAGGCAUUCCAGAAUGACUUAAUUCACUCUCUUCUUGAUGGUCCCAGUAGAUUCUGGGGUGCAUUAGCAAGAAAAUUAGUUGACUUAUUCUUCCAUGAGGCACAGCUUAAACUGAGUCUGUAACAUACGUUCACAUUCGCCGUGCUGCAGCUCAUCUCUACACAGUGAGAUGAUUUAUUCUCCAGAGCUCUUCCUCCAGCACAGCUCACAAGCAAUAAGUUCAAGUUUCAUUCAUCACAAGCUGUAUCUGGGGAGUCCUCCUGGCUGAGCACCAGGUAUGACUUCAAUAUCACCAAAUCUUUUGAAACCAAAUUAGCCAGAGCUGUUCCAAGCUAGAGUGUUUUCUGCCUCCAAGAUGAAGAGUUUCCUCUUGGUGACUCCAGGCUUUUGCCGGGUUGCCACGCUGCUGAAGGUCUUGCAGGUUAAACAGUUGGAUAUGAACAGACCUUUUCUUUUUUCCAUGUGUAGAUGAUGCUUCUUUAUGUUCUCAUGUCGUGUAGCUUACCAAGUUAUUUUCUCAUGAAUUUUGCUGCUGCAUUUCUGCCUUGGAGACUUGGUGCAAAGGAAGCAGAGCAAACAAAGCUGUUGUUUGUUCUUCCAUCUUUGGGAGCAUCUCACCAUCUCUGCUGUGUGAGUUUGACGUUUUUGCCUUGGACAUGAAACGUGGCUUAUUACCAAAAACAGAGAUGUUCUCACAGGUUUUCCCACAUCCAUGUUGAACAGUGCUGCGGAUGAGGAUUGUGCCGAAGGGCUCCCACGAGAAGUCACAACCCAGCAGUGACCUGGGAUAUCACAGCCUUCUCCAAGUUUUGCCUUGCUGCUGUGAAAUAAAGUGUUAUUACUGGCCUGUCAGA